AAUUUUAUCCACAUGUAGUUUGAUUUCAAUAAAUAUUUUCAGUUUUCAGUGAUAAUUACCAGCCCUUGAGCUGAAUGAUAAAGAAAACAAGGAACACUGUGGGUAGGGGGUUUCUGGCGACACUAUGGUGUGACAGUAUGGGGGAGACACGACCGACGGUAAUCCGGUAGGAGGAGACAAGUGUCAUCUUUUCCGUGCUCUUGCACUGACAAACCGUCCAUAAUACAGAGGAUCCCCUUGUGUUGAUUGUAGGAAAACACGACAGCUGAAAAACAAUGCAAAUUUUAUUGUGUAUUUAACUCCACGUCUUAGUCAAGACAUCGGGUAUUAACCGGCGUUAUUCGACCGCCACAUCUAUGAAUUGGAGUCGUGGGCCCCAGCGCACCGGCUCCAGCCAUGGCGGCCAGGCAUACGGCCGCUGGCGGCGGUGACACCGCGGACGGCGAAACGGCAGAUGAUGUACUGCUUGUGGAAAACCAAAUGAACUGCAUCUCUCUGCCCAGCCCGAUGACUCAAUCCACAAUGGUUGGUAUGUCGAUGAGCAUGGAGAUGCCCCGGAAGCGAAAGGGCAGUGUGGACAACCAGGACACAAGAUUGGCCCCCAUCACCAAUGCAGAUAUGGAAGAGGACCAAAACGACUCAGAUGGAGAGGACCAACAUGCCAAAAUGAAAUGUUUUAGAGAGCCACACAGCCAAAUUGAAAAGAGAAGGCGGGACAAAAUGAACACGCUCAUUGACAAGCUGUCAGACAUGAUUCCAACAUGUAACCCAAUGUCUCGAAAACUAGACAAACUCACUGUGCUCAGAAUGGCCGUGCAGCACCUCAAAUCCCUCAAAGGUUCUGCAAGCUCUCUUUCUGACGCCAACUACAAACCAUCAUUCCUGGCUGAUGAGGAGCUCAAACAACUUAUCUUAAAGGCUGCAGAUGGGUUCCUGUUUGUAGUCGGCUGUGAUCGUGGGAAAAUUGUUUUUGUCUCUGAGUCCAUCACGAAGAUAUUAAAUUAUAGUCUGGUAGAAAUGAUUGGUCAGAGCUUCUUUGAUUAUGUCCACCCUAAAGACAUAAGCAAAGUGAAGGAGCAACUGUCAGCCUCUGAAUUGUACCCACGGGAACGGCUAAUAGAUGCAAAAACUGGCUUGCAGGUCCAGGCUGACCUCCCAGUCGGCGCAGCACGACUGUGUUCAGGUGCACGGCGCUCCUUCUUCUGUCGCAUGAAGUGCAACAAAACCUCUGUCAAAGUGGAGGAGAAGGAAUUGCAAGCAAGUACUUCCAAAAAGAAAGAGUCUCAGAAGUACUGUACUGUCCACUGUACUGGCUACAUGCGCAGUUGGCACUCCAGUCAGCUGGAAGCAGAGGGUGAGGGCGAAGCAGAUAAGCACGAUGGCUCUCAUUUCAGCUGUCUGGUCGCUGUGGGCCGCAUUCACUCCCACUCGUUGCCUCAAGUUAAUGGAGAUUUCCGGGUCAAAGCCACAGAGUUCAUCACACGCUAUACCAUGGAUGGCAAGUUCACUUUUGUUGAUCAAAGAGCAACAACCAUUCUUGGUUACCUUCCCCAAGAAUUGCUUGGGACUUCAUGCUAUGAGUACUUCCACCAAGAUGACUUACCACAUUUAGCUGACAGUCAUCGAAAAGUGCUGCGAAGUAAAGAGAAAAUAGAAACAAACAGCUACAAGUUCAAAACUAAAUAUGGCUCCUUUGUCACACUGCAAAGUCAGUGGUUUAGUUUUGUAAACCCGUGGACCAAAGAAGUUGAAUAUAUCGUGUCAACAAAUACAGUCAUAUCGCAUGAUGAUCACAGUCGAUCAAGUCAGUCAGGGAACAAGACCGAACAGUCUUCAAACGCUUUAGGAGAGGAUGGAAAAAAAUCUCUUCCCAUUCUACCAGGCAUCUCUACCAAACCCGAGACGAGGAUAUAUGCUGGAAUUAUUGGAACCCAGAUUGCCAAUGAGCUGCUUGACUUUAACAGAAUGAACUCGUCACCCUCCAGCGGUAAUGUGAGUCCGUUUAGUCUGCCACUGGACAAAUCUCCACUUCAAACAACUAACAACCAAGUCAAGAACAAUGUGCCAAAUGGGGACGCUACAGACAUGGCGAUGCCAGAGAAGUCCAGCUCAGAGGAUGACCCCCAGGAAACUCCAUUUCCUGGAGGGGAGACACUCAUGGGAGAUAAUUCACAGGUCGACCUGGACAGCGUUGUUGGACCAGGCCUUGGCAGUCUUAGCAAUGAUGAAGCAGCUAUGGCAGUGAUCAUGAGACUCCUGGAGACGGACUCAAACUUGGGUGAAGGCGAGGACUUUGAAGAGAUGCAAUGGUCCGUAUAGAAUCCCCAUGGUUGAAAGGCGAGACCGUGACAAAAAAACUUUCAGGUUUUCCAGUUUAUUUAUUUGUCAAUCUUAAAACCUGUUUGAACGUAUCUUCUUAACAGGCAACUGUUUUGCCUAUUAUAAGGCUGUUCUCUGGAGGAGGCACCUAUGCCUCCAAAGCCUUACUGCAAACUGCCUGCCAUGGAAAAUGUUGUUUUACUGUCAGCCCGUGGUUAAUCAGUGAGGCCUCAUACAGUUGGUAAAUCCAUGAUGUCCAAAGGACACUGUCGAAAAAAACAGUAGUUUGGGAAUCCUGUUUAUGUUUUCCACCUCCACUUGAAUACAGGAUUGGAGUGUUGCAAAAAAAAAAAAAAAACGCACUGAAUUGACUUUUUUCUUUAAACAUUAACUUUUGCUAAAAAUGGAGCAAUUGUCCUUGCGUGUUUGUGAAACUCAUCCAUCCUUCAUUUGCCGCAGAGCAGCUGUUUUUGUCACCCUCCCCCUGGGUUUGUCAGCAGUGCAAUGCUUAAUCAAUAGAAAUUAAGAGACAAUGGCUUAGCAAUCGCCUCAAAUCUGUCUCAUUAAAGAUAUAAUAUAGUUUAUUUUUUGAGUCAGACAGAAGAGGUGAAUACUCAGGAGUGACGGGGAACAAAGCCGCCCAAUGUAAGCAUGCAAUACAGUCAGACAGUUGUUAGCAGCUGUAGCAGUAUUUAACAUUUUACAUUAUUUCACUACAUAUUUAAACUUGAAUGAUAUAACUGUUCUGUUCACAUGUGCAACUGUUCUUUCUUGUGGUCUGCUUUAUCAUAAGCAGUUUACAUUUUUAUUCAUAUUAUUGCCGUGGCAGUCAUCCAUUAAUAGAUUUAAGGGAUUAUAUCAUGCAGUCAUCAUGCAUUCCAUAAAUGUUUGAAUUACGUCUCUUUUUCCUUGUAAUUGUCACUUCUUCUAUCAUACAGGUAAAGUUCUGUUGCUGUACUGUGAUCUGACAUUUGAAUGAGUCCUUCAGUUAAAGUUACCUCAUCUUGUUUUGUCCACAGUUGACAUUGCACAUAACACACUAAACAGGAGUGGCUUGUGUGGUAUAUACAGUGGCUGAAAUAAGUAUUUGACACGUCACCAUUUUUCCUCACUAAAUAUAUUUCCAAAGGUGCUAUUGACAUGAAAUUUUCACCAGAUGUUGGGAACAACCCAAGCAACCCAUACAUACAAAGAAAGUAUAACAAAUAAGAUCAGAAAUUAAGUUGUGUAAUAAUGUGCAAUGACACAGGGAAAAAGUAUUGAACCCCAUGAAGAAAGGUAGGUGCAAAAAGGCAUGAAAGGCCAAGACAACACCUGCAAUCUAUCAAUAAUCAAACAGUAAUCCAGCCCCUUGUCAGUGCAAAUGAACAUCAGCUGUUUCAGUCCUAACUGAUGGCCUACAAAAAGGUCUCAUUGCCAAGGUGUUAGUCAAGACACAUCUCAUGGGUAAGCGCAAAGAGCUGUCUCAAGACCAACGCAAACUACCAUAAUUUCUCGUGUAUAUUGCGCAUUUUUUUUUCCCCCAAAAAAUUGUCAAUAGUGCGCAUUAUACAUAGGUAUAGGGGCAAAUGGAAAAAACAUUCACAUUUCAUAAAAAUAUGCCGCCAUCUAUUGGUUAUGAAAAAGCUGUACACGUUCAUUCCAAAAUGCCACCGCCACCUAGUUUUUAUAAAAAAGGAGUAGCCUACACAUUAAUUCCAAUAUGACGGGUAUGACUGCAUAUAUGUACAGUUGUGCUCAUAAAUUUACAUACCCUGGCAGAAUUUGUGAAAUAUAUAUAUAUUUUUUAAUAUGACUGAUGACUGAAUAACAACCAUCAUUAAUUUCUUUAUGGUUAUGUUUUGUUGAAUUAUAAUGCUUGACUGUUUAAUUUGAAUCCCAUUAAAAUAAAAGAAUUGUACCCAUCUUACAAAUUCUGCCGGGGUAAUCAAACACCUGAGCACAACUGUGUGUUUCCUAAUUCACUAAAUAAAAGUAGGGCAGUAAAAAUGCAUUUUACAUAGGUAGAAGGGUUUAACUUUGGGGGUGCGUAUUAUACAUGGGUGCGAAUUAUACACGAGAAAUGGCGGUAAUUGUUGCAAAACAUAAUGAUUGCAUUGGUUACAGGUGCAUAUCUAAGGUUCUGACUGUUCCAGUGAGCACGGUUGGGGCCAUAAUACGUAUGUGGAAAGCCAAUUAUACCACCAUAGAUUUGCCUCGAUCUGGUGCGCCUCACAAGAUUUCUGACUGAGGAGUGCAAAGAAUAAUCAGAAGAGUUGUCCAAGAGCAAAGGACCAACUGUGGAGAGCUUCAAAAAGACCUGGAAUUAGCAGGUACCAUUGUCCGAAGGAAUACAGUGAGUAAUGCACUCCGCUGUCAUGGGCUGUAUGUACGCUCAAUUCAUCACACAAGAACCCAUUGCUGAAAAAAUACAUGUCAAAACUCAUUUAAAGUUUGCUGAAUAACAUUUGGACAAGCCAGUUAUAAAAUGGGAGAAUAUAGUCUGGUCGGAUGAGAGCAAAAUUGAACUGUUUGGAUGCCAUAAUGCACACCAUGUUUAGAGGAGAAAUGGCACUGCACAUCACCCUAAAAACAUCAUACCAACAGUGAAGUUUGGAGGUGGGAACAUGAUGGUGUGGGGCUGCUUUUCAGCAAAUGGUACUGGUAAGCUUCACAUUAUUGAAGGAAAGAUGAAUUGGCAAAUGUACUGAGACAUUCUUGACAAGAAUCUGCUGCCAUCUAUGAGGAUGAUGAAAAUGAAACGAGGGUGGACAUUUCAUCAGGAUAUUGAUCCAAAACGUACUUCCAAGGAAACUCUCAAUUGGUUUCAAAGGAAAAAAAAAUAAAGCUGCUCGAAUGGCCCAGCCAAUCACCGGACUCAAAUCCAAUAAAAAAUCUAUGGGAAGAACUGAAACUCAAGGUCCCUAAAAGAAGCCCACAGAACCUUCAAGAUUUGAAGACUGCUUGUGUGGAGGAAUGGGCCAAAAUCACACCAGAGCAAUGCCUGCAACUAGUUUCUCCAUACAGGAGGCAUCUUGAACCUGUCACUGCAAACGUUUUUUGUACAAAGUAUUAAAUAAAUACAGUUGGUGUGUUCAAUACUUGUUCCCUGUGUAUUUUCACAUUAUUACACACAACUUAAUUCCUGAUCUUAUUUGUUCUAGUUUCUUUGUAUGUAUGGAUUACUUGGGUUGUUUCCAACAUCUGGUGAAAUAUUCAUCAAUAGCACCUCUGGAAAUAUGGUGACGUUAGAUAAUUAUUUUAGCCGCUGUACGUUGGACUUCUGUCUCGCUGUUGAGCUGUUCAACCAGAUGGCCUUCGAUGAGUUGAAGUUGUCUCAAAUAGCAACACACAAACUAACACAAUUUUGACAAAAGUAUGUGGACACCUGGCCAUUACAAAUACAGGAAGUGAGUCAGCCCCGCUAACUUUCAACUAUUCUAGGAAAUCUUUCUACAUGAUUUUGGAGGUUUCUUUGGCAAUUGGUGAAAUUAGAAAUCACUCAUGUUAAGACAUGUUGAUGAUGACAAAAGUCCUGCUUGCUCAUGAUGUUGCUUUAUCACUGGUGGUGUUUAACAGAUUUCACAGGCCAGGACUCGUAUACUUCCACACAAAGCUCACCCAAGCAUGCCUUUAUGGUCAUUGUUGCAAGCACUUGGGCACAGUCGUGCUUGAACAGAAUGGGGUUUUCACCAAACUUUUACCAUAAAGCAUAAAAUUGUGGGGGGGGAAAGUCUUGAUAAGAUUAAUAUUUUAGAUUAAAGUGGAACUCAAGUCUAACCCCAUCUCUUUGCUAGAGAUGUCUCAAUACUUUUGUCUUUGUCUUCUGUUGCAUUUCGAUUUGUGGAAAGUAUCGUUCAUCAAUGCGAAAUGAAUGCAUCACAAGCUCAUCUGUUACCCUAACAGGCAUUUUGUGUAUGUGUGCAGAUGAAGAACUAUUAUGUUUCAAUGCAUUGUGAAUGAUGAGAUGUUAAAAUACACACAUUGUUCGUAUACUAUUGAGUCCCUAAAACCAAGAUGGCUAAAGACUGAGUACCAGCUGAGUUAUAUGUUGUAAUUCUAUGUAUCCAUGCUGCCAUUGUUUCUACUGGUGUUGUCCUUUUGGGAUUGUGAAACAUUUUAUAAUAACAGCUAUUUAUGAUUCAUGAGGAAUAAUGUGUCUCUUGUCAUAUGCUUGAAAUACGAGGAGCCAACAGAUAGAGAGCAUAUUAACUUGUGGACACUCCUGCUUUUGUCCAAUGUGCCUUUGGACAUUUCCACUUUGGCCCGCAAUAGAGCGGUUUGUAUGACACCUCAGCUGACUGAAAGGAGGGCUUCUUAUAUGAUGUUCAGUUGCAUCUUUGGAUUUGACUUGACAUCACGUGGCAUGCUGUGCCAGUCUUCAUUUAAAUAAAUCAGAUACUGUAAUGGUGGCUUAUGCAUUAACUACCUGAACAUAUUUGGAGAGCAGACACAAGAUAGUCUAUUAGAGCAUCCACAUUGUAUGUCCGUUCUUUGAGUUCAAUCUUUGCACUGUUGUAGCUCUCCAUUUUCCCAUUGUUGUCAGAUUCUUUUGUGAAUGGUAAACUUUAGAGGAAGGGUUUAUAUUUUACCUCCUGUUUAAGUGAAAUCAUAGAUUUUGUUUGCUAGGUGUUAUGUUCUGAUUUUAUACCUGUUCUCUUUCCAGUGGCAUCACGCUUUUAUAUGAUUUUAUGAUUGACAGGUGCUUGUGUGCAAAUAUACAACUAACUGCCCCAGUACAGAACCUUUUGAGCUUGAAUUUGACUUUUAUUAAACAUGAUACUGUUUUCAGCCACAUCAUGCCACUCUUGAGUUUACUCUUUCAUAUUUGGCUCGAGAGGAAGCCAUUACUGUAUUUGUCAAUGGCAUAUUGCUGCUACAAUUAACAAGUGUGGUAUCUCUUCCCAGGCCGUCCUAUUAAUAAAUGUUAAUUGAUUAAACUCCCAA